AGCAGCGGCAGCAGCAGCGGCGGCAGCAGCAGCGGCGGCAGCGUUGAAGCGCGGGCGCGGCUGAGAUGGCGGAGCGCGAGCAGCUGGUGCAGAGGGCGCGCCUGGCCGAGCAGGCGGAGCGCUACGACGACAUGGCGGCGGCCAUGAAGGCGGUGACCGAGCUGACGGAGCCGCUGUCCAACGAGGAGCGGAACCUGCUGUCGGUGGCCUACAAGAACGUGGUGGGGGCGCGCCGCUCGGCCUGGCGCGUCAUCAGCAGCAUCGAGCAGAAGACGGCGACGGACGGCAACGAGAAGCGCCUGGGGCUGGUGCGCAGCUACCGCGAGAAGAUCGAGCAGGAGCUCGAGGCGGUGUGCGGCGACGUCCUCAACCUGCUCGACAACCACCUCAUCCCGCGCUGCGACCACCCGCAGUACGAGAGCAAGGUGUUCUACCUCAAGAUGAAGGGCGACUACUUUCGCUACCUCGCCGAGGUGGCCACCGGGGAGAAGCGCGACCACGUGGUGUCCAACUCGGAGAAGGCGUACAAGGAGGCGUACGAGGUGAGCAAGGAGCAGAUGAUGCCCACGCACCCCAUCCGCCUGGGCCUGGCGCUCAAUUUCUCCGUCUUCUACUACGAGAUCCAGAACGCGCCGGAGCAGGCGUGCCAGUUGGCCAAGACUGCCUUCGACGAGGCCAUCGCCGAGUUGGACUCCCUGAACGAGGACUCGUACAAAGACUCGACGCUAAUCAUGCAGCUCCUCCGAGACAACCUCACACUGUGGACCUCCGACCAGCAGGACGACGAGGCUGGAGAAGGAAACUAGGAGGCGAAGGUGGCGGCAAUGGCGACUGGCGCGGGGAGAGAGGUGUAUGGCACGGCCUGAAAGGGAGCGAAGAUCUCUCGAAGAAAACUAAAAAAAGAUACCGCAUGCCACAACCAGGGGGGGGGGGGGGGGGGGAUGAGUUCGAUUCUGCUUUGUUAGCAAAAUGUUGCGAGCCUCUUGUUUCCCGCUGCGCGUCGCGUCACGUGCGGCGAAUGUUUCUCGCGCGAGCCGCCCGCUCUGACGCGCGCGCGGCUCUCGUGUCGACCGCGCCUGGCGCGGGGCGCUCGGGAAGAGCUGGGGCCGAGUAUUUCGCUAACCAAAGAGGUGCUCAAAUGAAUUCCUUUGUAUUAUUAUGCGUGUCAUCCAUAUUACAUUGAACGUGAUGCUGAAUACGGUAGCGAGCUCCAUAGUAAUAGUACUUUAUUUUACUGAUCACUUUGCACCUCGGUAGCUUUUCACCGGCGAAUCAAUUUAGUUGAUUCUAUUUAUGUUACGUGUGCUCAGUCUCAUUUUGUGAUGCUCCAGAAGGACAAAUAUCAGUCGCAGUGUUAACAUUGAGAGUCCAACGACGGCAGCUGAACAAUAUUGAAGUAGCUGUCGGAAUGUUUCGCUUAAAAAUCUAUGCCAACAGAUACAUUGCAUUAGUUCUUGCUUCAGGGCCACUAGGGCCCUGUUAAAUUUGGAAAUCAAUAAAGUCGGCAGCAACUCUGCUGGGAAGUCUCGUGUGAUUCGUAUCAGAAUUUUGAGGCUGCAUCCACCGAUGUAGCAAUCGCGCUGAUGUUACACAAUCGACAGCAACCAGGUUUUGCUUUGCCCAUCUGAAGCUAUGCCACGUUUUGAGCCCAAUAACAGAGUUUUCUUAAAAACGAUUCACGGAUCAUUUGAUGUCUGGUUAAAAAAAAACCUGCCGAUGUUCCCUUUGGUCUGCAGUGGUGUUGUGUGUUUCAGCCAUUAUCAAUAUGUGAAUUUGCCAUAUAGUUGUGCCAUGGCGAUAACUCCGUACAUGGAUUGUAUUAACGGUUGCCAUGUACAUUCUCAUUAUUUUGAGAUCACCAUAUACAUAUCUCGCAAACAGGCUUGCGACACAUCGUUUUUAACUCUUGUGGUAGAGGAAAUGUACGGAUAAGAAUCUUUAGUUUAGAUCUGUCAGCGUAGAUACUUUAUUUCAAUCGUGGAUCAGAGUGUGCGUUCCCUCGUGUGUGGGGUGUGUGCGCAUACAUCCUAUAAAGUGUUGGCGAUUUAACAUGGGUAAGUUUAUUCCCUAUGGCUGUAUUGGCAGACCUCGCACCCCUUGUUGGAUAAGCACUAAAUUCCAUGUCAUGUGCCAUAGACGACAGUAUUACACACUGAGCCAGGCACCUCAGUCUCGUUUGGUGCCUCUUGUGAUUCCCAUGUGCUGCUUGCGUAUCGGCAUCCGCAGCACCAUCGGCUUUUUUUUUUAUUCUUCACUGAAGAGGUCGGAGUAUGUAAUCUCCAAACUUGCGAGUGCUACACCAAUGCCACACCCCCACCUUUCCCUACGAGUAGAAAAAACAGCUCUUCACUAGCUCAAAAUAUAAUUUGAUUUCUAACCCAAAUUAUACUUUUCAGAACCCGCUGGUCCAAAAACGUAGAAGACACGGGCCAUUUGCAUUAACGAUGUGCCCUAAGGCCCUGUUCUCACACCGUUCCAACUCCUGGGCAUAAUAGCGUGUUCAUUUUACUAUUUUGAUAGGGUGCAAUCAGCGACAGGUCCGUAAGCCAACUUUGACACGGGAGCACCAGGCUGGACAGUUAAAAAAAUAUUCUCGCCGUUUGGUUCACUGCAGACGCGCUUCUGCGGCCAUCUGGAACGCCCUUCCGAUAUUAGGAAGCCACUGGAGCUAUGCACUUGUAAAUCUAAUUUCUUUAGAACUUGUGUUUAGUUUGUUGCCCUUCCCGCAUACCUCCAUUUAGCAUGGUUGGCUACAUUUAGUGUGAAAGAAGUUAAGCAUUGAUACGAGUUUUGUUACCUAACACAAGUGGUAACCUGAAUGUUUUCUCAAUAGAGUUAGUUGCCCGAUUAGUGUGCUUGACCUUGCUCCCAAAAUAUGCUCAUCGUGCUGUGAAAGUGGCAGUGCGUUUUAAAUACAACUUGGCGGGGUUGGAUGUCACCAGGCUUUCGCGCAGUAAUCUUUUGUGGUCAACAGUGGCUUCGUACAAAUGGUUUGCAUUUAACGAACUGCCAAAUUACCACCGCCCCUCUCGCCACACGGUAGCCAAAUUGGGAUUGAUUGUAUUUUUAUGGGGGCACUGGACGCAUUUUCUCUCGUAAUAGACGGUCAUUUUCCAGUAUCUUCACAUUAAUUUACAGCUUGUUUUCAUGUUUUGUGUGGUAGGGUAUACUGUAGCUCCAACCGAUAUUUGUCAAGGUUAGUUUGACAUUGUAGAUCUGUAUUAAGCAAUAGAUCUGCCAACAGGUUAAAGUAAUGACGAAGAUCUAAACGCCUGUCGCCCAUUGAGCACUAAUUCAUCGGCGCCACAACACAGUCCACUCCUUUACAACUUUAGGUUAAACAUUGUACCACUGCGUUCGAGGCAGUUGCAGCCCCUGAGGUAGAAUCAUAAACAUCAUAACUCUCAUGCCUUCCAACAAGCAAGGCAUUGCAUGACACAGACCACCAUUCCAGAUGCCUCGACCAUCCCUCCAUCAGUUGGAAUUUGGUGGCCUUUUAUGGCAACACAGCAGUUUAAAGUUGGCUACCACAUAACUCAUAAGUGCUGUAGGAGCCAUUUGAUGCCCGCGCUGUGUACUGUCCGUGAAAAGCCUUUGUCAAAAGAUGUGUCCAUUGUAAGACCAGCGUUUGAAAAUGAAGCCGGAAGGGGACUCCGUAUCAAAAACGGGGCCGUGGAACAGCACCGGGAACCGUCGAUUAGCCGCCGCCCCUUUCCAGGGGAGGACAUUUGGAGCGUAUCUCUCCCUGCGCUUUUUCAACUUGCUGAACCAACUCGACUAGCCAGCCUCUGACCAGAUAACGGGCCAAGAGAUUCGGUUUAAUAUUGUCAUCCCGGUAUGCUGUGUUCCGUGCUCUCAGCUGGUGUUUACAAUUUGAUGGAGUUGGGCUCAAGCGGGAAUUAGUUUAGAAGAGCGUUCAGACCAGUGUCCGUACGUUUUACAUUUGUAUGUCAGCAAUCCCGUCCAGUGGAAACCUGUCCCGUUUUUGUUUGGCAGCAGUUCUGAUGAAGGCCAAACCCACCUAUAGAUGUUUGUGUUGUGCAGAGCAAAGCCUCUUUUUUAAAAUGCUCAUUAACAACAUGUAGUGUAUGUGUUUGGAGCACCAAAACACAAUGAGGUAAUCCAUCCGUCACCGUGGGGUUGUGUUUUUGUAUUACUCCGUUGUGUAGGGUGCCACACUAAGCGAGGUGCGGUGGUUUGUGCAUGUCUUGAAUGCAAAACUGGGGAUGCAAGGGUUGGUGGACCACACAUUUGUGAAACGCCAAACCUGCUGGGCUCUGAUGUGAUCAGGCAGUACAGCGAGUGGAUUGAAUCCAUCUGUACAGAGCACUGAAUGCGAUCCUUCAUGCGUUGUGUGGGUUUAUCUCCGGUGAUUAUGAUUUCCUUCGACGUGCCGCUCGUAGACUUGGCAAAACAUCCUAGUGCAGGAACUGCCUGCAACAGUCUUGGGACACAUUCUUUCCUGUCUACUUAAAUGGCAUUGUUAAUAUUACUAUGCUCGGUGACCGCGUUGGUGUUUGGGUCCGUUGCAUUGGGAGAAUGUUGUUUCGCGUGCGUCCGUGCGUGCGCCGAGAUUCAUUAGUCUCGCCACAAUCGUAGGAAGCAUGAGGACGCUGGUCAGCCGUUGCGUGCACAAAGCAAAGUCGGCCGCUGAGAGCGAGCGCGGAGUGAAUGCGGGACGUUGUUCUUAGUGAUGGACGGGGUGGAGGGUGGAAUGUUUGCCAGUUGCUUUUCUCAUUCGAGAACGAUCAAGGCGAAGAGGAAGGGGGGCGGGUGGUGGGGGACAAGUGUGGCCGCACAGCGAACCAUAGCGUGUGUUACUGUUUUUGCUGUUUGAAAAUUAUCUCUCCGAAGCUCAUCAAUAAUGCAAACGUGACUUGUAGACGUGAGGGCAGUUUGGCGCGACGUAUUAAUCGCACCGCAUUUACUGUUAAGCCUUGCCUUUCGCUAUCGUAAUUGUGGUUAAAAGUGUUAUAUAUUUUAUUUGUUUGUUAUUAAUGUGUGAAAUAUUAAGAAUUACUUUGCUAACGUUUAAAAUACAAUGCCUUUGUAUAAAAGCGCAUCGGUCCGUUUCACACACAGUUUUGCAACGUAGGCCUCCAGAAACUUAGUCAUUUACCCAACACGUUGGGUUAUACACCACGUCACGAUGCUACAGCGCUGCUUUGUGGCUGCUUUGUGGCAACUGCACCAUCGCGAAAGCUUCCGAGCAAUGCAAGACAGGAGGGUUUCAAGGUGGCACGCUUGUGGCAGUCAGAAUGACGGUAUUCUUAACUGAACAUUAUUACCAAAUACGAGUAUUCUCACGCUUGAAUUUGACCGGAGCAAUUCUCCCACGGAUAUCCACACAUCUGAAAUAUCCGAGCAACUUUUGAAGGUUCUUCUGCAGUGGUUGCCAGGUAGACAUCUCGGCAACUCCACGGUUGGGGUGUAGCACUGUGGAAUCCUCUGGUGAUCCCACGUUCGUAUUGAGUGGCUUAGACCAGGGGUGUCAAACACACAGCCCCACAAUCCCCUUCCUCCGGCCCACCACGUGUUCUCAUUUGUUACGCCUUAUAUAAUUUUAAUUAUAUUUUUUAAAAGCUCUUACCUAAAUUCAAACUGGAUUUAAAUCGGACAUUGAAAACGGGAGAUUUGGGCACGUGUCAUGCCAUAAAAAAAAAACUCUCUUUAGCCAUGCUUUUGGAUUUAGAAUUGCUAAAUUUACACCGUGGCGUUCAUUAUGCUUUUAAUUUUCAUAGGCCCAACUGUGUGACCGGCGGGAGAUGCAUUUGAGUCCAAAACCGACCUGCUGUCCGAUUGAUUUUGACAUCCCCUGGACUUAAGCCUUCAUUCACAAUGCAACGCUGGCCAAAUAUAAAUGUGACUCCCUAAGACGGUGGUGCCACCACGACGCUCACCAAAUAGGCCGAUGCGAGCAGCACGUCGGGACAGCCACAGCAGUUUGGAACAAAUUACUUAAGAGCCACCUGGACAAGCGGAAUUGGUAAUGCAGAUAUGCUCCGGGUGUUUGUUUUUAAGUGGAAUUCCGGAGGUUGUCACAUUGCCUCGCCGUCUCAAUUUCGGUUCUUUACAGACGAGCCGAUGAAUACAGUCGUUAAAAUUGAGCGAACGCGCUUCUGUAGUUUUUUUAGUUCCAAGUGUGAUUCGAACAAAUACGUGCGUACGUUUUUCAGUGUGCAUCGUAAAACUUCCUCGUGGCCGCGUGGAAAACGCUCGCGUCGUUUGAGCAAAAGAAAAGAAACCUGGUUGCUCCGUUGUGUGCGGGGUUCAAGUAGGUUGUUUUUGGAUUAUUUCAUCCCAGCAGGGUAUUGUGCUCAUCGGUAGCAGUGAAUCUUAAGGUGUGUGCGCGCGAGCCUGUGUCAUGUCUGUUCUUUGAAAAGCCUCUGCCAUGAGGAUUGGAGCGCAUAAAAACGAGGUUAUUAUUCAUUGCUGACAGGUUCGGAUGAAUUUGGCGGUUGACGGGGCGUUAAAAGAAGAGGAGGAGGAGAUGCAAUUUUGCCCUCCCAUAGCUUGUCAGUACAGGGUAAAUCGUACAAUUGUAUCUUGCCUUUCAACUUUCCUCUUUGGAAUGUCUUGAAAAUGAUUAGGUUUACACUUAACUGGAAAAUUCAACGAAAGCUAAAGUACCUUGAGUAACCACUUAUAUCUCUAAAAAAAAAAUAACAAUCAUUGAAUUUUCAAUAUACUCUAAAAGAAAAUUGUGUUUCUUUCUGGCGUAUAUCUCGGAGGGCACACAACCAGUCGUGUUGCUGGAGGUCUGUUGCAAAUUGAAGAGAGUCCAGUCUGCUUCCACGAGUGCUCGCGUACAGCGGGGUGGUGUUAGCGGCGCGUCCUCCCCGUAGCCAUGUGAACCGUGCACGUAACGAUCUCUGCGUCUUAAGUCUCGUGUGUCUGUUGUACGUCGUAGGGUACGACCACUUGAGGCCGCUACAUUCACAACAAUGUUUAAAAAAGAAACAAUUGCAUCUGGUGCGGUGGUGGGGGUACUGAUGUACCCAUCGCAGCACGUGGAUCACUUUACAUGUCGCAAAGGUAGUCUGACCUUUGGUCAGUCGGUAUACCAAGGAGGUUCGUAUGCACGACGUUUCCACCGUUAUUUACACUUGGCAGGUUAUAAUGAGAAAAGGUGCACUCUUUACACAGACGGGCACGUGACUGAACAAACCUCAGGAACAAAUCUACUUGAAGGUGUUGACGUCAUUUCCUGCCCGCGAGUUAUAAGGUGACGCUUUUGAGGCCAGGCAGGUGGCAGUUUUCAACUUCUCACGUUGUUGGCACGUUUUUGGAGGGCCCUGUUUACCGCGAGCUUCACAGGCUCGGUUAAAUCGGCGCUAGACGGACGGGGUAUGAAUCCAGGGUUUGGGUCUCGGGACUGUUAACGUUUUAUUUGUGAGCGGUAAAUGGCCAUUUUUUGUUAUGUUGCGUGUUUGAAAGAUCUUGCUUACGCUUAACCAAUUUUCAUUGUCAUCACGUACGUGUGGCGGGAUUGCAUUUUCUGGAGAAACAAUUUUCUCGUGCAACGAUUAACGUCGAUUGAAACCUCUGCUCGUAAAGAGCUCCACAGAGUUGCUUGAUCUGUGACUACACCAUCCGGAUAAACACUUUGUAAGUUGUGUAGCCUCAUCGAUACUUGCGGAUAGAUCCCAGCUAACGGUCACAAAACAGCAGACAUGCCUCGAUUCCUCCCAGUUCUAACACCGCGGGACCUCUCCCUGCUGGACAUCUGUGAAAAAGAGCUUCAUAGCUCAUCGGAUUCCUCCAGGAAAGUACAGAUUCUGAUCAUCGUCGUUAACCUUGUUCAGCCGCGUUGCUGAACGUUGAUGCAUUUGGCCUCUUCGUUCCCAGCCUCUCAACUUUGGACCUUCUCAGGUCUGUAUUUGUCAACCUGAUCCAAAUUGAGAACUCUUGGCCAGCUCUCAACUCGUCUGUACUUCGAGCUACUCUUGCGAAGUAAACCUAGGGACGUCGCUUUAUAAACUACAAUUUAAAAAUAAAAAUCAACGUUUGUCAACAUAAAAUGUUGAAACCUGCUAGGUCACCAGAUGAAUGAUGAUCUCUUUCCCUUAUUGACAAUCUUGAUUUUAAUCAAUAGGUGCGUGUGCCCUUCAGGCAUCAUUCACGUGCAAGUGAUUCGGGUUUUUUUGUUUGCAUGGUAAAAGUUAUUGUUUUCUGGAACGGGUGAUUUGUGUGUGUUAUCUCUUUUCCUUCCUCUGUGGCGUUGCGCACAUUUGCUUGGGAGCUUUUAGCGAGCAGCUUGAUUCAAGACGGUUUAUAGUUAAUUUUUGGCAAAUACAAUGAAGCCGAAUUAUCUUUACAUUUGGGUUGUGCUGUGUAUACGUUUGACCCACGUAAUUUGCGCAGAUGAAAUGAAUUCACGACAGGGAUUAACUGUUGGAAUUGCUUUUUCUGUCACUGUUAGUGACGACGAUAGCGCGUGGAAAUUAACCGGUGUAAAAUGAAUGCAUUUGAAGUGCAUGGAACUGAAGAAAACUGAGCGGUGAACCGAGUGGAUGUUAGCCACUCGUCUCAUUUGUGAUUAAUUUUUUUGCCAAAUCGCACGAUUUUUUUUAAUGAUGCUUUGUCUUUUAAUAGACUUUUCGGAAUCCAUGGAAUGUGACCGUAAUCUCUGUCAUGCAUGCAUGCCGUAGGAGUGACUGAACGUACAGAAAAACGGUUAGCAGCUCUAAUCUUCAGUAGCCCUAGUUUGAUAAUUGCUGCUGUUUAGCAACUCUACUACACGUCGGUGUUGUAGUAGUACGUGUUUUUGCGAGAGUGUGGUAAUAGGUAUUUUAAGUAAUUUAUUAUUUUAACCUGUAUUUUAAACCGUCACAAUUACGUUUUGUGUGUGUAUCAUUUUUAUUUUUUACAUGCCAAUGUUAGACUUUUCUGUUUGAAUCUAUUAAUAGUAACAUAUACUAGUAAAUGAGUAUUAUAUCAAGCAUGUUGAAGUAAAGUGUUCAUUCAGGACUAUAUAUAACUGUGGACACCUAAUGUCUUUCAAGCUGAAUUAAAUGUUUAUCUUAAUAAAUGCUUGCGUGUACCCUCA